GAUUGGCGGAAACCCGUGCCCCGCUGAGACCGCUGAUUGGUUGUUCCCGUUGCUGCGAGGGGGAGUGGGUGGGGGCAGGAAAAGCGACAUGGCGGCGGAGAGAGGAGAGGGGCCGCUGCAGGAGAUGAUGGAGGAUUGUUGGUUUAGGAAGAUGUGAAGGGAGGAAAAAGUGCUUCAAAAAUCAAAGUAAAAACAAGGGUUGACAGGCGGGUAGAGUCAGAAGAGUCAGGAGAUGAUGAAGGGAAGAAGCAAGCAGGUUGCAUAGUAACAGACCUCAGUCAGCAGAGCCUGAGAGAUGAGCAGAAUGGGGAGAACUUAACAGGAGAAGCAGAGACACCAGUUGAUAUGGAGACAAUUAACCUGGACCCGGAAGCUGAGGUAAUGCUGGUUGCAUUCAUAUCGGACUUAUUUAAAGAAGGAAAGGAUGUUGACCUGAAUCAUUUCCGAAUUGGAAAGAUCGAGGGAUUUGAAGUGCUCAAGAAAGUGAAGACUCUGUGUCUACGUCAGAAUUUGGUUAAGUGCAUCGAGAACCUGGAACAGCUGCAGACUCUCAGAGAACUGGAUCUCUAUGACAAUCAGAUUCGGAAGAUUGAGAACUUAGAGGCCCUGACAGACCUUGAGAUCCUGGACAUCUCUUUUAACUUGCUGCGACACAUUGAAGGACUAGACUGGCUCACCCAGCUUAAAAAACUCUUCCUGGUCAACAAUAAAAUCAGCAAAAUUGAGAACCUGAGCAACUUACAGCAAUUACAGAUGUUAGAGCUGGGAUCCAAUCGAAUCCGGGCAAUUGAGAAUAUUGACACAUUGACUAACCUUGACAGCCUAUUCCUGGGAAAGAACAAAAUCACCAAGCUCCAGAACUUGGAUGCACUGACAAACUUGACAGUGCUCAGUAUACAGAGCAACCGGCUGACCAAGAUUGAGGGUCUACAGAACCUGGUGAAUCUGCGUGAGCUGUACCUUAGCCACAACGGCAUAGAAGUCAUCGAGGGACUGGAGAACAAUAACAAACUUACAAUGUUGGACAUUGCAUCCAAUAGGAUCAAAAAGAUUGAAAAUGUCAGCCAUCUAACAGAACUGCAGGAAUUCUGGAUGAAUGAUAAUCUCGUUGAGAGUUGGAGUGACCUGGAUGAGCUGAAGGGAGCCAAGAAUUUGGAAACUGUAUAUCUGGAGAGAAACCCCCUGCAGAAGGAUCCUCAGUACCGGCGCAAAAUCAUGCUGGCUCUUCCUUCUGUCCGGCAGAUUGAUGCCACGUUUGUCCGAUUCUGAACCUCCUGCCUACCCUCUCUCCUUCCCUCCUUGGAGAAAUGUCCCAUCUGGGUUUUUUAUCCACUUACCACUACCCAAAUACACUGGCACAGAGCAAACGGCCAAUAAAAAGCACUGAGUACCAGAUCUUGUGUAUAAUGCACUCUCUCUCAUUGUUUUUGAAAUAUUAUUAUGAUUAUUAUUAUUAAAUCUUAACACAUGAUA